AUGGGAUCUUGCAUUAGCAAAUGCAAGCCCAAGAAAAAAUCCAUUGAAGUUCUUAGCCCCAUCCAUGACAAGCUCAUCAUCUCACAACAACAAGUCCCCCCGAAAAUGACGACGAUGCCCUUCGAAAACCCGAAUCCCCUCCCUUCACAUUCUUGCUCGACCGACGCCAGCAAGUUCACUGCCACAUCAUCGUCCAUGUCAUCGUCAUCUGCUUCGUCAUCCUACUGCUCGUCGUCAGCACUCAUCGCUAAAGACCGCUCCUUUUCCAACGAGCUUCUAUGGUCGUGUGUGAAGGAAAAUCGCCACAUAAUCGACCUCAAGAAAAAUAUCUCGGCCGACAAAAGGGACCAAAGACCAACUUUGAUGAAAACGAAGCAGCCGAGUCAAGAAAAGGCAGCGGCGAGCCGUGUCCCGACGCCUAAAAAGCGGGCCCGCGCGAACUCGCCAACUCUUGUCCGACAGAAGAGCUUCCGGAAAGAGCAGAGUUUGAGUUCGGUGCCAAACAGGGCCUUGAGGUCGCCAUCACCGAGUAGGAGAUUUAGUAAGGGCGAAAAUGGUGGAUAUAUAUCGGCAAAUGGGGUUUACGAAAAUGGUUCGCACAGGCGCCAGGCUGGCACGAGGAGGGAAAGCUUUCGGGCUUCGGCUGCAAGCAGGCUAAACCGUGAGUUAGCAGUUGAGCCGAAUUUUUGGCUGGCGAAAAAGGGUACGUUGGUUUCUCGAAACAUUGAUGAUUUGGAGAUGGAUGCUGUGAUGGAGGAUAUUAACAAUCCACAUAUUGCAUUGGAUUGUUUCAUUUUUCUGUGA